GGAAGGAACAUGUGAAACAUGCUGUGACUAUUCACGUUGUCUGAUAAUCCAAUACCCAGUAUGUGAUUCUGAACAUACCACACGAACUAAUAAAAUUUGUAACUAUAAAGAAAAUCAUGAAAGGUGUAAAGAUGAAACUUGUAGAAAAUGUUGUGAUUUCUACAAUAAAAUAAUUUCAUGUAGAAACUGUUAUCUCCAGGAUAAAAAAUGUGAAUGGUCAAGGGUCAUAUAUGAAGAGGAUUUUAAUCUUAAAAAGAAAGAGAUAAAAACUCUUGGGUUUUAUUCGGCUAGAUUUGAGAAGGGAAGUGAAUUUGAAAAACUUCAUUUACAAGGGUACAUUCAAUUUAAUACUAGAGUUACUGGAAAAUAUGUAAAGCAACAUUUUGGAAACAAUUUACAUAUCGUCGUGCCAACUUUUAACCCGUGUAGAAAGCAGAAUUCAGAUAGACCAUAUAAAACUGAUGCAGAAUGUAGACAUAAGUAUUUUGUAAAGAGAUAUGAUAAAUGCGCUGUAUAUAAACAUUGUUCGUGUAGUUACAUAGACCCUGAAGAUGUAUGUGAUGAGUGUCUUCCAACAAAAGAAACCUGUAUGCAAAGUAGAAGAUCACUUAAAAUAAAGAAUAGGAAUGGGAUCAUUAUUGAAAAGUAUAUAUUUGAAAACUUAAAUAAAAAGAUAGGAUCGAGGAAACGAGUACAAGAUAGAUCUGAAGAAGAAAUAGCUGAUGAUGUAUCAGUUAUCUCUAACAAUAAUGACUAUUUAGACCAAGAUAUGACAUUACGUGAUCCUGGUUUAUGGAAAAAGAAACCCCAAAAAAAUGUUAGUAAAAAUGAUAAUCAGAAUGAAAGUAAAAUAGCAAAUUAUAAGAUGAUGUUAGAUUUAUUGGGAAAAGGAAAAACCGCAUAUUUAAUACUCAAAAAAAAUCCAAAUCUUUUUAUGAAAGCAUCACAAUUAAAAGCAUUGGAACCAGAUGCACAGCAAGAGAAUUUAAAAGCAAAGAUUUUAGUUACCAGAUCAAAGUGGAAACCUGAAGAUUUUUUAAUUCCAAAAAUAGUAAAUAAUUGGAUAAGCAAUAAUAUUUUAAAUAAACAAAAAAGAAAGCCAGGCCGUAAGUGUUCUGUUCUCGUCAUGAAAAAUAGAAAGGGAAAAUGGAGUCUUGUAGAAUCAUUGGUAAAUUAUGGGAUAAAGAUCGCACAUUUUCACAACAUUUACAAUUUUACCACAACAAAUAAAAUGAAUGAACGGGUAUUCAAUGGUAGAAAAUAUGCACAACUCCUUCUUGGGAAAGAUAGAAUACUCAUCAAUCAAAGGUACUUCUUAGAGCGUUCUGUACCAAUCAUUGUGCUCUGCACCGAAAACACGUACCCUUUUAUUUAUAAUUGUAAUACCGAAGAUGAUGAUUUUCUAAGGAGAUUCUUUGAAAAUGCACUU